GUCUCUGGGUGUACAUCGUGAGUGCCUGUAUAAUAUUUACAACUUGAAAAACGUCAACUGCCUAAAUCUAAAUUUACCUUUAUCAGAACAAUUUACCUUGCACACGUGUCUACCAGUGUUUCAGCCUGCUGCCAAAUAAUCAUAUUUUUACUGCCAUCUCAAACUAACACUUUCCCGCCUCUCUAAGAAUAGAAAAGGCUGAAGGUUGUUUCUUUACAGUUCUCCUAGAUUUAAGACAUUCUAUCCUGACUACAGCUAAAUCUAAGAUCUCUGAAUCUAUGCUACGAGAUAAUUGAGAAAGAACCGGGACAGAAAUCUGAGCUCAGUAAAACAGUGAACCUGGAGUAAGUACAGUGAAGGAUACACAGUUAAUACUACUUUACUCUUGCAGUAGCAAACACAAUAGAAAGUUAUGAAUCGCAAGACAAUCUGAUCUUUAGAAAACCCUGAAGUUCUAUAGAUCUCCUGGUUCAAGAUAAACCUGACUCCAGGUUCUAGCUAAACCUGAACUCCAGAUUCUUGAUAAACCUGAAUCCAGAUUCUAGAUAAACCUGAACUCCAGAUUCUAGAUAAACCUCACUCCAGUUUCAGGAUAAACCUGAACUCCAUGUUCUAGGUUCUUAAAGGAUUCCAGGUUCAAGAUAAACCUGAACUUUAGGUUCUAGAUAAACCUGAACUUCAGGUUCUAGAUAAACCUGAACUCCAGGUUCAAGAUAAACCUGAACUCAAAGUUCCAGAUAAACCUGACUCCAGGUUCCAGAUAAACCUGAGCUCCAGGUUCAAGGUAAACCUGAACUGAAGGUUCUAGAUAAACCUGAACCUCAGGUCCUAGAUAAACCUGAACUCUAGGUCCGAUAAACCUGAACUCCAGGUUCUAGAUAAACCUGAACUCCAGAUUCUAGAUAAACCUGAAAUCCUGUAUCAAGAUAAACCUGAACCUAUCCUGUAUUAAGAUAAACCUGAACCUAUCCUGUAUCAAGUAUGAAACUCCUGUCUGACCCAGAUACUGUGCCCGCAUCUUUUAAUGAUGAAUGGAAUUCCAGUUCUCAAAUACAACCUUGAUUCAUCAGCAACAUGAGAAGGAGUUUGAUCAUCCUGGGGUUAACCCUGGUUCUCCAGGUACAGUCCGGAGAUCAGAUAGAUUUCGUGAACCAGGAGGAGGAAUCCAUUAACAACCUCACCAGGAUCUUCAAAAGCCCCCCGGAGUCCUACUCUAACACCCUUGGAACGAUUAAAGUAGUUGCUUACUCCGUGAUAGCUAACUUCAUUGUCGGAGUCGGUUUGAUCGGAAACCUGCUGAACCUUGUAGUAUUAACCCGACCCAACCUGAAGGGUGUGAUGUAUGUAUACCUGCUAGGGCUGGCCGUAUCUAACCUUUGCGUUCUACUCUCCGCUCUACCUGGUUUAUACGAUAUCUCUGUAGGGUUGGAGGACGGAUACUACUCCACUGCCUUCUACCAGGCGCAUCUUAAACUGCCGAUAAUUAACACCUUCAUGGCCAGCUCGGUUUAUAUCAUCAUCUGUAUGACAGUAAACCGAUAUAUCUCCAUCUAUAAACCAACCCAGUUCCAGAGGAUUCACACACACAAGAACGCUAGAAUCUCAAUCUUCUCUUCAUUCUUUGGCGGUUUGCUCCUAAACAUCCCGCUCUGCUUCCAGCAGGAGGUGGUCUGCAAGGAGGACUAUAAGCUGGAGAACGACACCUGCCAGUAUUGGAUCUCUGUUGAGAAUGAUCGGAUUGCUGUCAUCAUGCAAGUGUACACUCUUGUCAGUGAAACCAUUCUCCGGUUCGGACCCAUCAUCACCCUCGCAAUCCUAAACUCAAUGAUCAUCUACAAGUUCCAACAGCUUGCUAAGAAGAGACAGCGUCUGAAAGGAUAUACUGGAGCUCGGAGUUCAAGGAUUGGAACUCCUCCCUCCUCCCCCAGCCCGUCUAACGUCAUCAGCUCCGCUACACACCUCAGCAGAAUCAGCAUAUCUCACGACGGCCAUCUCUUGGACAAGGUUACGGAGAUCAAAGCCCCUGUUGCGAGGACCAAGAGCAGCCGAACCUCGACACGAAGACGAUCGCUGCAAAGUCCAGAGGAGCGCAUGCUGGUCAUUGUUCUAAUCUCGAUUGUUGUGCUGUUUGUCUGCUGCACAACACCCGCGGCAAUACUCUCGAUCAUUUUUACCGCCAAACUGCAGAGUAACAGUGGAUUUCAGAUUUUCCGCGCAGUUGCCAACAAUCUAGAGCUUCUCAACUUUGCUUUGAACUUUUAUAUCUACUGCUUGUGCAGUGCAGAGAUCAGAAGAGCUUUUGUAUCUCUCUUCAUGAAUAUUGUGAACCUGGUUCGGGAGAAUAAGGAAGCCCACCCUAAAGUUACUUUCGAGGAAACCAAAAAAUAAUUUAAAAAUUAGAAGAAAAAAGAAGAAAGAUGAUACACACGCACCUCUGCUUCUUUAGUAAAA